CGCCUGCUUGACCUGAAACAACACAAAGAGUUGAAGCCAACAAUUCUGACAAACCUAACAAAGAUCAAAAAAACCAAUUUGAGAAAGCCAUCCCCUAUGAAUUUCCACAAAACAUAUAUACCACCCACAUUUGAUCUUCUUUUUUCCGCUUGAACAAUCAGGACAUGGAGCUUGCGGUAUCAGCAGUAACCGGUGAAAUCGUCAGCCGGUUCAUCUCCUUCCUCCUGAGCAAGUACUCGAGCCAUGAAAUUUCAGAGGAGAAGCAGCUGGAAAGACUGCAGCAGCUGCUCCUACGAGUAUCCACGGUCGUCGAGGAGGCGGAUGGGCGAUACAUCACCAACUCCGGGAUGCUGAUGCAGCUGAAGGGGCUUGCAGAUGCCAUGUACCGAGGCCACCAUGUCCUGGACAUGUUCAGGUGCAGGAACAAAAUUCAGGAGAAUUCCAUCAAGGAGGUUAGUAGCCCAUUUCCUCCUCUCAAACGUUUUCGCGCAAUUGUUGAUGCUGCUGGGAACAACAAGGCCAGGUACCUUGAGCUGCAUAAAACUUUGAGAAUUUUAGAAGCAGCUGUUGAUCACAUGGCAGAAUUUGUGGUGAUUUUGGGUGGAUGCGAUCGCAUGUCGCGGAGGCCAUAUGAUGCAUACCUGUACACAGAUAACUUCAUGUUUGGCCGUCAUACUGAAAAGCAGAGGCUCCUGAAUUUCCUGUUGGAAUACAACUCACAAGGUCUGCCUCCUGUUCUUCCAAUCAUUGGUAGCCUUGCAGUAGGGAAGAAAACUCUGGUUGCACAUGUCUGCGCCGAUGAGAGGGUUCAAUCUCAGUUCUCUUCAAUUUUGCAUUUGAAUGAAGAUGAUCUUUUGAGAUUAGCACACAGUGAUACUCUCUUAUCAGGGAAGAUGUUGGUAGUUGUUGAAUUUGUUUCAGAUUUGAAUGAGAAGAAUUGGGAGGAAUUCUAUACAUCUCUGACACAAAUGAAUCAAGGAAGCAAGGUGAUCACCAUAAGCAGGUUUAGAAAAUCAGAGAAACUUGGUACUGUGAAGCCAAUUGCACUUGACAUCCAUUCAUACGAAGAAUUGAGCUACCUCUUCAAGACGCUCGCAUUUGGGAGUGUGAACCCUAAGGACCAUCCACGAUUACUGCAAAUAGCCGAAGAAUUUGCCAUGCAAUUGCAGUUGAAAAGUUCACUUGUCGCAGCGAAUUUUCUUGCAGAUGUAUUGAGAAGGAAUUUGGAUGUCAACUUCUGGCUUUGCAUGCUGAACAGGUGCAUAACAGUGGCUGAAAAGAACUUCUCCUUGUACGGUGAGCAUACAAGGUUACUUCUUGAACAAGGUCAUCGUGUAGACAUCACCAACUUUGAUUCAUCUCCAGCUGCUCCAUUGCACAUCGUACCAGGUGUUGGUGCCAAUAGUACAGGGAAGGACUUGCCAAGGGUUAAAUUUACAGAACUAUUACUAGAUCCUAGUGUUAGACCAAAAGGUGAGUUUAAUCUAGUGUCAUGGGAAUCAAGGCUACCUCCUUAUACAUCAUUCGUUCACUUUGUUCCAAAUUAUUCUCAAGAUUUUUCUAAAGAUACACCCUUGUCAGGAAGGAAGCGUCGUGGAGUUCCUUCCUAAUCUUACAAACAUUAUUUUAUUUAAUUUGUAGAUAUGAUAUUUGUCAAGGAUAUAUGUCUCUUUGUAUAUGUGUAGUAGACAAGGGUUAGGGUAGCAUGGCCUUCUCCCAUGUUAAGAUUGCCUCUUGUACAUCGCAAAAAAAAAAAGAUUGCCUCUUGUAGUCAACAUAUGCCCUUUGGACCUAACUCAAUACAUCAAGUCUAUUCCUCAUUUUUCUCUCUUCUCCUAAUUGACAAUAUUGUAAUUCGGAUAUUGGAUACUAAAAGGAUAUAGUGACAUAACCAUGACAUUUUGAUU